GCCGCAGAUCCAGCACAGCUGUAACUUUUGCAAAGGAUUUUCUGUUCACCUUCCUAUCUGCGGGGCUUUGUGAAGAAAGCAGGCACAUCUUGAGACUUUACCAUAAAACUGGACCGCUACCUUUCUCUGGAUAGGGGUUUCAUUUCCAGUCUUAAAAUUAAGGUGCAUUCAGCUCUGUGGGAAGAAAAAGCAAGCCGGAGAAAGAAGCUAGAGACAGUUAAGAUUUUGCUGAGCGGCCAGACCAUGGUGGCGGACCCAUCGUGGUCUACUGUUGACUAGAGUCUGAACGUUGCCCAAGGCCUUAGCGGUUGAAGAAAGUGCAGCCGACAGCUUGCAUGCCUGAGAGAUCUCGGCCAGCUCACGUCCCUCUGCCAGAGGCCAACAUGCACUCCAGUAACGAUUCUCUGGCCACGGCUACCAGAGGGACCUUCCAGGAUCUUCUCCACCCGUCCCCAACCAACGUCUCAGCCCGGUCGUCCCCCUGCCCCAUCCUCCCCUCCACUUACCAGUUUGUUCUCAUCCCGGUCCUCUACUGCAUCAUCUUCAUCCUUGGGCUGGUGGGGAACAGCAUCGUGAUCGCCGUGCUGUGUUGGCAGAGGAACCCCAAGACGGUGGCCAACGUCUACCUCCUCAACCUGGCUGUGGCGGAUCUCCUAGCUAUGACGACAGUCCCCUUCUGGGCCGUUUACUACGCCUACGGAUACAACUGGCUUUUUGGCUCGGUGAUGUGUAAGCUCUCGGGCUCCGUCCUCUGCCUGACCAUGUUCGCCAGCAUCUUCUUCAUCACAUGCAUGAGCAUGAAUCGCUACCAGGCCAUUGUCCACCCGUUCCAGUCCCAGCAGGGGACGCUUCAGCAGGCGUUCGCCACCGUGCUGGUGGUUUGGGGGCUGGCCGCCUUGGCAUCUCUGCCCACCUUCUACUUCCGGGACACCAAAUACAUCAAAGAGUUGGACGUGACCGCCUGCAUCAUGGCUUAUCCUUCGGAGAAGUACUCCAACUGGUCGGCAGGAACAGCCCUGAUGAAAAACACCCUGGGCUUCCUGAUCCCUCUGGCCAUCAUCAUGGCGUGCUACAUAUGGAUCCGCGUGCACCUGAUGAAGGCUCGGGGUUUUCGGAAAUCCAAGCAAAUGAGGGACCACGCGUUGAAGCUGGUGGCCGCCGUGGUCGUGGCCUUCUUGAUCUGCUGGCUCCCCUUCCACGUCCUGACAUUUCUGGACGCCCUGUCGUGGAUGUCUGUGAUCAGCAACUGCCAAGUCACAUCUGUCCUCGAUGCUGCUCUGCCGUUCGGGCUCUCCAUGGGCUUCACCAACAGCUGCAUCAACCCGCUGCUGUACUAUUUCAUCAGAAGACAAUUCCGGGACAAACUGCAACACUUGUUUAAGCUGAGCCUCUACCGGUUCAACAGUAACCGGGAAAUCUUUUGCUCCAGCCAGACCAGCUCUCUCAAAACCACCAAGUCCCUGGUGGGCGCAGAGCAAAGAGGAGACACAGACAGGCCACAGACCCCUCUGUGGGUUCCUUGAGCACAUCUGGAAGUGAUUUAAGACAAUGUUGGGCGUCUCUCUCUCUCUGUUCUUCCCUGGUUUCCCACAACACCAAACUGUCUAUGUUUUCAAUGUCUUGAGAGACUUCUGUGCAGAAAAAGCAGUCGUGUGUUUUUAUUGUGCCUUUAAAGCAAAAAUCAGGGGUGGAAUUAUUCAGGGGCAAUAAACAUCUGGAGAACAUGACAAUCCCA